AUGGCUCCAAGAACUUCUAAGAACCAAAAAGUCACCAAGACUUUCACUGUCGACGUCUCUUCUCCAACUGAGAACGGUGUCUUUGACCCAGCUUCUUACGCCAAGUACUUGAUUGACCACAUCAAGGUCGAGAACGCUACCGGUAACUUGGGUAACGCCAUCACCGUCCAAGAAGAUGGUUCCGUCGUCACCGUUGUUGCUACCACCAAGUUCUCUGGUAAGUACCUAAAGUACUUGACCAAGAAGUACUUGAAGAAGAACCAAUUGAGAGACUGGAUCAGAUUUGUCUCCACCAAGACCAACAGCUACAGAUUGGCCUUCUACCAAGUCACCCCAGAGGACGAGGAAGAAGACGAAGAGUAA